GGCACUGUACACCCACAGGAUCUGUGCUUUCUAACAAGACACUGACGGCUGUUUAUUUUAAUUUAACACAUUAAUCCUUCCCCACACAGUUUUCAGUCGGAUACUUCUUCAUAUCCACAUUAUUUUUCUUUACACUUUUUUUUCCUCUAUUGCGGGUUGGAUUUACAAAGGGCGUGUUUGGGCGAUCUGUACCGGGAGUUUCAUCUCCUGUACUUUGGCGACUCUGAGGAAUGACAGCAACUGGAAAAGCACUACGAUCCGCCUGAAUGGAAACAAUGGAUUAUAAAGACCUUGGACAUAAUUUGGAGCAGAAGCUGACUCUAACAGAUACAACUCUGCCCUUGCAGACGGAGACUCAGUCCAUCCCGAAUGGGGACAAAUCUUUGGGUAAAGACCUCCUGACUCCAGAUGACUCAGCCUUCACAGACCUCUCUCCCAGAACAGACUCCUACCCCAAAACAGAAACCCCCACUGAGACAGAUGCCUCCAUCAAGACAGACCCCAGGCCAUCCACCCCCGGCUCCAACAGCAGCCCUCAGCCCAAGAAAGAUGUGAUAAGCUCAGAGCAGCGGCAGAAGCUUGCCAAGGAGAGGAGGGAGGAAAGAGCCAGAUAUAUCGCGGUGAAGAAGGCCCAGUGGCUGGAGAAGGAGGAGAAGGCCCGGCGUCUGAGAGAGAGCCAGCUGGAGGACCGCCGGAGGAAGCUGGAGGAGCAGAGGCUGAAGGCUGAGAAACGUCGAGCCCUGCUGGAGGAGAAACAGAGACAGAAACUAGAAAAGAACAAGGAGCGAUACGAAGCAGCUAUCAAGCGGUCGACAAAGAAGACGUGGGCUGAGAUCCGUCAGCAGAGGUGGUCCUGGGCAGGCGGACUCAACCAGACCUCCCGCAGGGAAACCCGCAGCCUGCGUCUGAGCCCGUGGGAGAGCAAGAUCGUGGAGCGGCUCAUGACGCCUACGCUGUCCUUCCUGGCUCGCAGUCGCAGCGCCGCCACCCUCCUCAACAACAGUGACUCUCCCUCUGCCAGCCCGCUGAACGCCUCCCUCCACCGCCCACACCAGAGCAGCGCCGAGCGCUGGAGGGUCUCCUCUGCCAGCACGCCGGACAUCACCCAGCGUCAGCGCCGGCGAAACUCCACACCGGUGGACAAAAAGAAGAAGGAGAAGAAAGACAAGGAGAGGGAGAAUGAAAAAGAGAAGAUCGCUAUCACAAAAGACAAGGUGCAGAAGAAGAGACAGACGGCGUCGCCCACCACUAUGACCCAGAGAUCCAGGCCAGAGAGCAGCACCCCGAAGCCCAAAAACAGACCUCCAUCGCCCGCAGCCCCCAAAAGUCGGCCCUUGUCCCCCUUGGUGCCAGCAGCAGCAGCGGCAGCAGCCAAGACGCCCACGGGCAAGAAGACACCUCCUCCUGGCACCAAGACCAGACCCAAACGGGCCCAGACGCCCGCCAGGGUACAGCCCCAGACGGUGACUGCGGUCACCGUGGAAACGGGCCACGAAACCCAGCAGCCCGACACCCCAGAGGAGAAGAAGAACUCCGGUAACGUUCCUGCCAUUGUGGUGUCCUCUGUGCCCAUUACACCUCCUUCCCUCAGUCCACCAGUUGUAGCAACAUCAUCUCCUGCUGUGCCCAGCGUCGAUGCAGCUGCCCCACCUGCGUCUCCUGCAGCAGCCUCUGCUAGUAAUCCGGCUCCUUCUCCUACACCCACCGCUGCAGCCGCCGCCCCUGCAGUCACCCCUGCAGUCGCCCCUGCAGUCUCACCUGCAGUCACUCCAGCAGCCGCCCCUGCUGCUGCUGCUCCCGCCACCCCGGCUGCACCAACCAGCAGGCCGUCAGCAGGCACCAAUAACCCAGAGGAGGCUUCUCGCGUCCUGGCAGAGAAACGCAGACAAGCCAGAGAGCAGCGGGAGAGGGAGGAGCAGGAGCGCCUGGAGCAGGAACAGAGGAACAGGAUUCUGCGGGAGGAGGCGAUGGCGCGUGAGGCCGAGGAGAGAAAGCGCAGAGAGGAGGAGGCACGAUUCAUGGCUGAGCAGCAGCGCAUGAGAGACGAAGCUCAGCGGGCUCAAGACGAGAAGGAGGCGCAGGAGAAAGCCAAAGCUGAGGCAGAGGAGAACGAAAAGCUGCAGAAACAGAGGGAGGAGGCUGAAGCUAAAGCCCGUGAAGAGGCCGAGCGUCAGCGCAUAGAGAGGGAGAAACACUUCCAGAAAGAAGAGCAGGAGCGACUGGAGAGGAAGAAGCGCCUUGAGGAGAUCAUGAAGAGGACUCGGAAGAGUGAUGCAGGAGAUAAGAAGGAUGUCAAAGCCUCUCCACAGGUUAACGGCAAGGACACAGAGCUCAAUAAGGCUCCUGGAAAUCUGCAGAGUCCCGCUGCAGCAGUGCUCAGCCAAUCACAAAGUGUGUCCAGCUCCGUUGUCAACGGCGUCCAGCCCGCAGCUCACCAGAACGGCGUAUCAGCCAACGGAGAGGCGGCAGACUUUGAGGACAUCAACCAGCUGAACAAAAGCGGUAAUCCAGCACAAAAUCAGAGCGGGCUGGUCGGCGACCCCAUCCUGGCGUUCGAGGGAGGAGAGCCAUUCCUGAUGAAAACAGGCCAGAUGAAGCCUCAGCAUGUUGCAGAGGUCCUGUGAGUUCCCACACAUCACAUGGAGAUGCGCCUUAUGUCUCUGCUUGAGUUAUGAGAUUCAUGCCACACCACAGCGGCUUAAAAAAUGUGUGUGCCAAACAAACUAUGAACUGCGCUGAAUUCACAUCUACAGUAUCUGCCGCAGAGGACACAGAGGAGGAGAUAAACUCUGCCCGGAGAAAAGAAAAAAAAAAAAGUACUCAUCCGAAAUGUAGAAAAUAAAAAAAUGCAACAAGUAUUCUCUCUCUCUGUCUUCACCGCGUGUUUAUGGUGCAGCAUCUGUCAAGUUUUAUUGAAAUGUCACAUGCAGAUUUUAUGGUGCACCUUAAAGAUGACUGACUGUGUAACAAAUUUUAGAAAAUACAUUAUAAGAUCCUGGAAAUACAUAAUAUUUGACAAUGGUUGUUAUUAUUACCGUCGUUAUGAUAUUGUUAUCUUAAGUUGAACAAUGUGUGUGUGUGUUUGUUGUUUUUGUCUUGAAUUAUUGAGUUAUUUAACAUGGGGAGCAUUGUAAGGACUGGCCACAGACAGUGUAUGUAAAUGUAUAAUGAGCCUGGCUGCCUAGGCCUCCUGUUACAGGGGAUCUGUGAAAUAAAGCUUUAUGAAAGGGACUCGUUGUCCGUGUG